UUGUCAGGGGAGGUUUAGGCUGGACAUUAAAAAGAGGCUCUUAACCCAGAGGGUGGUUGGGUGCUGGAGCGGGCUCUCCAGGGAAGUGAUCACAACACCAAGCCCGAGAGAAUUCAAGAAGCAUUGGAAAACACUCUCUGGCACAUGGUGUCAUUCAUGGGCCUGGUCCUAUGCAGGGCCAGGAGUUUGACUUCACCAUCCUUGUGAGUCCCUUCCAAGUCAAGCUAUUCUGUGAUUCUGUGAGUGGGAAAACAUACGGCACACCGUGGGCAUCGUCUUUACAGAGCUGGAGUUUAACUGAAGGACACGUCUGGCAGUCCUCUACAGGCCUGACAAAGGCGGAACCCGGGAAAAAAAGAAAAAAGAAAAAAAAAAAAAGCACCCACAACCAAACCCACGAAGGAAACACUCCAGCCCUGUGCCUGGAGUUGCAGCUCCCCAAAUCUGUCAGAAUGAGUAACGCGAUCAGUGACGGAACGCCGGCUCACGGCAUGCUGUUCUCUGCCGCUCUUUCUCCGCUCCUUUUACAUAAAAAAGCCGGUUAAUGCGCGUCCUUCGGGUCAGGCCGCUGCUCGGUUCCGUUACCUCGACCGCUUCCUUGCCCCGGGCGGAGCCCGCCCUGGCCCGGCAACCCGCGCGGGAGGGCCGCCGCCCUGCCGGGGAGUUUCCUCUUCCUCCAGCAGCGCGGCCGGGGCGGGAGGAGGAAGGGGAAGGGGCAGGGGCCGGGGCCGGGAAGGCUCCAGCUCGGCCGCCGCCGUCGCUGGUGCGGCAGGGGCGGAGCGGCGCGGGAGGCGGCGCCAGCGGCCGGCGGGGCCCGGAGUCACCGUGUCACGGCGCCCGGGAAGCCGUUGCCGCCGGAUCCGCCCCCCGCAGGGCGAGUGAGGAGGCAGGAGGAGGAGGAGAAGGAGGAGGAGGGAGGCCGGCUCCUCGCCGCCUCUUGUGUUUUCGCCCCCUUCCCGGCCCAGCCCCGGCCCCUCUCCUCUCGCACCGGGGCGGCGGCGGGGGGCGAGGCCGCAGCGGCGCCCGAGCUGCCCGCGGGAGCCCCGAGACGGGCCUGGGCCGCCGUCUCUGGACUAGGAUGUCCCGACAUGAAGGUGUCAGCUGUGAUGCAUGUUUAAAAGGAAAUUUUCGAGGUCGCCGGUACAAGUGUUUAAUUUGCUACGAUUACGAUCUAUGUGCAACUUGUUAUGAAAGUGGUGCAACGACAACAAGGCAUACAACUGACCAUCCAAUGCAGUGCAUACUAACAAGAGUAGAUUUUGAUUUGUACUAUGGUGGAGAAGCUUUCUCUGUAGAGCAGCCACAGUCUUUCACUUGUCCUUAUUGUGGGAAAAUGGGUUAUACGGAAACAUCUCUUCAAGAACAUGUUACUUCUGAGCACGCAGAAACAUCAACAGAAGUGAUUUGUCCAAUAUGUGCAGCAUUGCCUGGAGGGGAUCCGAAUCACGUAACAGAUGACUUUGCAGCUCAUCUUACACUGGAACACAGAGCUCCUAGAGAUUUAGAUGAAUCCAGUGGCGUUCGGCAUGUACGUAGGAUGUUCCACCCAGGCCGGGGUUUGGGAGGCCCCCGUGCUCGUAGAUCAAACAUGCACUUUACUACCAGUUCCCCUGGUGGGCUUUCGUCUUCUCAGAGUUCGUAUUCUCCAAGCAAUAGAGAAGCCAUGGAUCCUAUAGCUGAGCUUUUAUCCCAGCUAUCAGGUGUGAGGCGUUCUGCAGGAGGACAGCUCAACUCCUCUGGCCCUUCUGCUUCUCAGUUACAGCAGCUGCAGAUGCAACUGCAGUUGGAACGACAACAUGCACAGGCAGCAAGACAGCAACUGGAGACUGCACGCAAUGCAACCAGACGCACCAACACGAUCAAUGUCAACACCACUAUGACACAAUCUACAACAACAACCAACACAUCUAACACAGAAAACAGUCAGCAGACUAUCCAGAAUUCCCAGUUCCUUCUGACAAGGUUGAAUGAUCCGAAGAUGUCAGAAGCAGAGCGUCAGUCAAUGGAGAGUGAACGGGCAGACUGCAGCCUGUUUGUUCAGGAGCUUCUACUGUCCACCUUGAUGCAGGAAGAAAGUUCCUCCUCAGAUGAGGAUGAGCGGGGGGAGAUUGCAGAUUUUGGUGCUAUGGGCUGUGUAGAUAUUAUGCCUCUAGAUGUUGCUUUAGAAAACCUAAAUUUAAAAGAGAGUAAUAAAGGAAAUGAGCCUCCUCCACCUCCUCUUUGAUGACAUCCCACUUUGCAGACAAUGUCCUCUGUGCUGUAUUUGCCAAUGAAAGUGGACAACAACUAUCUUGGGUUUGUUUUGGUGAUUGUAAUUUCAGGUCUGUCACUCUUGUUACAUUGUGUACAUUCAAAAGAAAGAGAGAAAAGAUAUAUAUGAUAAUCAUUUCCACUUAACUAAUUUUUACUUCUAGCAGGUAAAUGUAGGUUGCAGUGCAGAGCCGAGGGCUCUGUGUCCUGUACCUUGACAUGCAAAAGGCUCUCCUAAUACUCCACAUUCAAACUGAAGAGGAAAAAAAAAUGAAAAAUCUCUAAUGAAGCUGCUGUGUGUAUUUAUGAAUAUUAAUGAAUAAAAACUGCUUGGAUGGUUUACCUUAA